GCCAGGACCGGGUCGGAGCCAGCCGCCUGGAGACUAAGAUUCCUAAGAUUGACGUCUCAAGGCAGCUGUGACUGAAGACAGUAGUAACUGAAGAUCGAGUCAAGAUAGUACAAAGUCCAGAAUGGAUGUCCUCUUCGUAGCCAUCCUUGCUGUGCCACUUAUCCUAGGACAAGAAUAUGAGGAUGAAGAAGGACUAGAAGAGGAUGAAUAUUAUCAGGUGGCCUAUUAUUACACAGUCACUCCUAAUUAUGAUGACUUUAUUGCAAAUUUCACCUUUGAUUACUCCGUGUUUGAGUCAGAGGACAGGUUGAGCAGGUUGGAUAAAGAGGUAACAACAGAAGCAGUAGAGACUACCAUAAGUCUUAAAACAGAAGCUACAGAUCAUCAGAAGCCUGUAACCAUGAAACCACAGAGUCCAGAUCUGAAUGAUGCUGUAUCCAGUCUGCAGAGUCCUGUUUCCUUUUUCCUGUUGUGGGCCCUCCUUCAGGGGGGGAUGUAUUUCAUGUAGAAGGUUCGAGAAGGUUGCCUUAACUCUUUGGAUGAAGCUUUGGCAAGAGGAAAUUUGAAGAUAAAAUAAAAAAUAAAUGAAAUAAUUUAGUUACUAA